CCAUAAAACAGGGAAGGAGAAGUAGGCUAACUCCAAUCGACAGUUCAUUGACGGAGCACCGUUUCAUUUGGGGCGGAUUAUUUUAGUUCUACCGUUCUUUUUAAGGAUAGGCCUACGACCGGAGAAGGAGAAUGGCGCCGCUAUCGAUUCAAUCCAGCGUGGAGUAUGCGAAGAACCUUCUCCCAGAGACCCUAAUAAGAUCUGUGUCCACGGUCCAAACCACCAUCUCCCGCCACAUCCUGCCAGUUCCCCAGCCACGCCCCUACAAGGUGUGCACCCACAACCGGAGGCGGAGACGAGGACUCGUAGCCUCUUCAUUGGACGACCUCUUGGACAAGUUUUUUUCCCUGCAGGUGUCCUGUGCCUUCCUGCUGACGUGCCAGUUCCUGACCCUGGUUCUGGAGGAGGACGGCACCAUGGUAGAGGCUGAGGAUUUCUUCCAGGCUCUGCCCCCCAACACCCACAUCAUGGUGCUAGAGAAGGGGGAGGUGUGGACGCAGAACAAGGUCCUCCCCAGCUUCCGCCAGCCUAGGAGGAGUGGCAUAGCCAAGUUGACCUUUGACCUGUACAAGCUCAACCCUAAGGACUUUGUGGGCUGCCUGACCAUCCGGGCCACACUGUAUGAAAUCUACACUUUGUCCUACGACAUCCGGUGCACCAAGGCCAAGGAUAUCUUCCGGUGUGUGCUGCGCUGUGUGACCUGCAUGGCCAGAGUGUCAGGAAAGCUUCUGCUUCAGGGCUCCACCUAUAUCCUGCAGCUCCUAGGAGAGGACGACUAGUGCUGUCAGCCCUGCUCUAUCCUCCCCAUCCCUCCAUUAUCUUCUCAUCCCUCCAUAAUCUCCUCGUCUUCAUCUGCCUCCUCCACUCUCCCCACUGCCCGACCACUUUCUCAUCCGUUGGUCCUUUCCCCUGUAUUACUGGUACUGUCCACCAGAUGGGGUAGUGCGUUUUCCGCAGCAAAUAAAUAUCUCGCUAUGUAGCGGUUUAAGUAAUUUAUUUUAGAUUUUAUUCCUAGAUAAUUUUAUUCCCGUUUGUCUGUUAUUAUCUUGUUUAUUGAGCAGCAUUUGAGACCACUGAAACUGUCUGGUGCUAAAUGCGCUACUUGAACGUUAUUAUGACGUUGAAUACAAACUAGGUUAUGCCUAUGUUCAUCUUGUUAAAUGUAUAAAUAAAAUGUAGUUUAUUUUGUAAAGUGU